GGGGAGAAGCAGAUCGAGGUCCGGAGAGAGGAAGGAGAUCGUCGAUCCUGAUUCUGAAGCGGUGGAUCGAGCUCAGCUUGGAGGAAGCGGGCUCAGGGAGAAAGAUCACAUCUUGAGCUGAUGAAAGUUGAUUUUUUUUUUCUGGUAGAGGAUUUGGGAAAUCGAGUUGUUCUUGUGCAAUUUUCGGUUUUUAGAAAUUAAAAACCUAAAUUCUGAAACGAGAAUGUUCAGAAAUGGUAGUAGUUUUACUUUUUUUUUCUUUUUCUUUUUUGGGGUGAAAUGCGCUUUUCAUUUUCUGAGAUGUUAAUUCGAUAAUUAAUUAGAACCUGCAGUGUUAACGUUGGCACAUGAUGCUUAGUGAUAUGAAUUUUUUAAUUAACGCGCUUUUUUUAAUUAGGUUUCUUGCUAUAAGCACAUUAUGACCUAGACCAUCUCUCUUUUUAUAAUUAUUUAAAUCGUCUUGCUUCUAUAUGAAAUAAGAUUGCGACUUUGCUGAGCUAGAUUCGAUAAUAGAGCAUGACUUUCUUAUUGGUAGCUAGCGUUUGAAGAAAAUAUUAAAUCUUUAGCAGAUUCCAGCGUUGCGUAUGGCUUUUAUUCAAAUGAUUCAUUUAUUCUGAAACUGGUACUUAAUUUUUUUUUUUACAGAAAACAAUUUGUUUAUUUAUUUAUAUCCCCUUUCUUUCUUGUUAUAGUAUACAGUUAUAAACCUCCUACAACUAUCAAACCAUAUCCAUAUUCAAAUCCCACGGGUCUUAAAAGAAAAUAUUGGUAAUUUUCUGGCAAUUUUUUUUCUCAAGAAAAAGAUAUAGCAUUAUUUUUCAAUUCUGGAAAUCUUGAGCGGUAUCUUUGGAGUACUUUAUCAGUAACAAGAAAGAUCAAAUUUUUAGUACUAGUUUUCUUCUUCCAAGAGACAUCCCAUUAUAAUUAAUAGUAAAGGACUCUGACCAUUCACAUGAUGGGUACCGAUGUUAGUUCUUAAUCCCGGGAUUGUGUUGUGAUGUGUCCCAAUGAAUGCUUUCUUAGGCAUAAAUCUACUUUGUGUUAUGAGCAGAAUAAGAUGUUGUUUAUUUAAUUUUCUAUACUCCAUUCUUUAUUUUUUUUUCGGAUAAAACAUCACUUUCAUUUUCUUUGGACUUGCUUAAAAUAUUUUAUUGGAAGCUCUUAUAACGCUUCAGACAAAUUUUGUGUUAUGUUCUGGAAAAUUGGAGUUCCUUCAUCUCUGAGUUUAGGAAAUUAUGUUCGACCUUUUAUUUGGAAGAGGAAGCAAAGAUUCAGUGCUUUCGGGCCUAGGUUGCUGUUCUUCUUCUUGGAGUUCUCCUUGUCCAACAAAUGGUCAAUUGAGAAAGCAAAUAAAUUUGUCAAAAAGAACAUUGGACUCCAUUCCCGGCAGUAGGGUUCCUGUGGAAGAAUAUUCUUCUGGUCUCGACUUUGGGCGCGUCUCGUCCAGGAAAGCCAGCAGAACAAUAAAAACACUGAUAGACAAGGAGAUAUCAAAAGAAAUGCAAAUGAGACGAUCCUCACCGAGUGUGGUUGCACGAUUGAUGGGUCUUGAUACUCUGCCUUCUGUACUCACCGGACAGCAUAAGGAAAGAGGAAUUAGUUCCAAAAAGACUUCAUCUGUUGGGUUUCACAGGAAACAUACGUCACACGAGUGUUAUCCUCUUCAGAGCAAUAAUGAGCAUCAGGAAUGUAAAGAUGUUUUUGAAGUCAUGGAAGUGCCAAAAACCGAGAAGCAAAAACAUAAGCCACUAUCAAAGGGAGCGUCAAGCCUAGAACAAGGCGAGUUUGAUUUGAGACCAAGUGACAUCGAGUUGGCUUUUGUAAAGCAGAAGUUCAUGGAUGCAGACCAUUCGUCAACUGAUGAUGAAUUUCAGUACUACAAGGAAUAUAAUGAUGCAUUGGAAGACCUUGAUCCCAAUAGUGAUCUUCUUGUGAAAUAUCUCCGAGAACCCAAUUCCUUGUUCAGAAAACAUCUCCAGGAUCUGAAGUGCUCUCCACCUUCUCCACACGCAAGGCACAUCACAAUUUUAAAGCCAUCAAGAGUUGCCAAGUCUGAUAAUGAAUCAUGUUGUAGAUCCCAAACAUAUACUGAAAGGCACACUCAUUUGCUAAAAGAUGGUGUAAAAUCUUUCAAGAAGCCUGUAUCUAACCUUGUUAACCACUCUAUAAAGGAACAUAACUGUUCUCUCCAACAUAAAUUGUCAGAGCCACUGUGCACAGGAAAAACUAAAGGUCAUUUUCAGUCUACUCCGAUUGUUGUUCUGAAACCUAGUCUAGAAAGGGCCCAGGACAUAAUAAAAACUGUUCCCUCAGCAAGAUCCCCUGACAAUUAUCCUUAUCGGCUCAUAAGGCAAAAGCGGGUUCCAAUAUCUGGAGAAUCUGAGUUUUGUGGAGACAGAGAAAGGCAUAAACUGUCUGCUAGUAUGGUAGUUAUGGGGCACAAGUCAAAAGGUUUAAGAGAAAUUGCUAGAGAUGUUACCAAACAAUUGAGACAUGCUGGAAAUAGUGGUAAAGUGGUAGCAGACUCGAAAAAGCGCAGGUCUGUCAGAGAUGAAAACCCACGUAACAGGUCAGGCAUGGAAAAUUUGAAGUCAGAACCAAAUAUAUGGUUUUAUAACGAGUUAAAUGAGUGUGGUGAUAGCCUCAGCGCUUCCUCAUAUUAUGCAACUGAGUCUUCAGUUAGCAGGGAGGCAAGGAAACGACUGUCUGAACGAUUGGAUUCGAUCAAACAAAUUCAUAAGGUUGGACUCGUCGAUAAGGGGUCCAGCACACUGGGAGAAAUGCUUGUAUCUGAUAGAGAGAUACCAGGAACUACUCAGAAUGCAUCGAUUAUUCAGAAUGUUUCAGGUGAGAAGGUGUUGGGAGAUGAGAUUCUUGCAAGACGGGAAUACCCUAUGGGCAUUGGCAGUAAGGAUGACUGGAGAGAUGGGUGGUCCAGGAAUUUGUCUAGGUCAAAAUCUCUUCCAACUUCAUCAUUUGUUUAUGGAGACCAUAAAUCUAACAGAAAGAACAGGGUUGGUAUUAGUGACAGCAGUCAUCUCCAGAAUGUGCUCAAUAAGAGCCGAAAUGAUUCAUUCGAUACAAAUGUUAGUCAAAGAACAAGACCUUCAACCGAAAGACUAAGCUAUCGUCAUGACGCAUCUCAAUCUUUUUCUGGCAGAGAGGAAAGUGAGAUUUUUGAUCGGGAAAUUCAUGUCAAUUCAGAACAAUUGCAUGAUAAGUUCCAUGUAACACACACUGGUGAAGAGGUUUACUGUUUUCCUGAACUCACAGACAAUUAUGUUGCUGGAAGAGCUCCUCAAUGUAAGGAUGCCACGUUCGAUAUUGCGGUUGACAAUGAGCAGGCGCUGCAGUCCACAAAAUUGGAAGUGCAAGCGAAUGAUGGGAAGAUUUCUGGUCCUGACCUAAACUACACUGGGAGAAAGGUUCAGGAAACCUCAGUUGAUCAUCCUCAAGUCAGUUCCCUUUCUUCUCACUGUAACUUAUCAGAGCCACUCUCUCCUUCUAGCCCCAAGGAGGAUCAACCUACUCCCAUCUCUGUUCUAGAGCCACCACCAUCUGAAGAGGACAAAUCCGGUUCAGAUGACUUUGAGAAGAUCAGUGCGGGCCUCAAGGACCUACGAAUGCAGCUGAGACUUCUCAAGUUGGAGUCAGCAGAUUCAGAUGCUGAAGACUUGGAGCUUUUUAUCUCCAGUGACGAGGAGGAUAGUGGAGGAAAGUGUCAUUCUCCUCUCAGUUCGGGAGAGGUACUCCAAGCAUUUAGAGAUGACGAAGAUAGGGACUUCUCAUACCUACUUGAUGUACUCAUUGAUUCUGGUGUUCGUUAUACCAGCGGGAAUUCACUCUUUAAUGCAUACUACCCUGAGGAACAUCCAGUUGGCAAAGAAGUGUUCGAAAAGCUCGAAAAGAAGUACAGAAUGAUGACAUCAUGGUCAAAAUCAGAGAGAAAACUCUUGUUUGAUCUUAUAAGUUCCAUUUUAUCUGAUAUUCUCACCCGGAUGAAAUCGAGUUGUCCCUCCAGUGAGGAUCUCGUCGAAGAUGUAUGGCAACUUGUGGUCAAGAAAAGGAAAGAGUUGGGUGGCAACCAGGAGCAGCUCUUGUUGGAUCCUUGGUGGUUGAAUUUAGGAGAUGACGUGGCUACGAUCGGAAAGGAGUUGGAGACAAUUUUAGUUGAUGAUCUCAUGGAAGAGCUCCUCUCUCAGAUUAUAUGAAAAAAGACCUACACAUUUGAAGAGUCAUCAUAAGCGGCAGUCUGAUCAUUUUUGGUCUUGAUUCAUGCAAUUAAAUUUCAGUUGUUUGGCCAUUGUGAUCAGUUCUUCUGCACAUAAUUUACUGAGUCCACUCAGAUCCGUUCCAAUACAUGGGCGUGGGAUUAACCUAAAUCUCCUACUGAUGUUGAGUAAUUGAUGCAGACAGAUAUUGUAGCUUACUGUAAUAUAUUGUGUAAUCAUGUAAUACAUAAUAUAUUUCAACCAUGGUCUUUCUUCCGAAA